GUCGCUGCUAGUCCCAGUGUCAAAAACGAUUAAAAAAUAACAGCGAAGUGAUAUUAGUUAUUACAGAUGUCCAUUUUGGCACUUUGCAAUGUCCAGCUAAUUGAGGAUGCUUGGUCACUAUACCUUUAGAACAGGCGUCAGUAUGUUUCUACACCUUACUGAGACUUCAGUCUCAUCACAGAUUUCUCAUUUCGGAGAAAUAUUAUCUUGAAUCAGAAAAGCCAGAGGACAAGGAGCACGGGAGCCCCUUUGAAACUGUGAGAAGUUUUGGCCGCCCGCUGCUCUAGAAAUUGAGAGGAAAGGAUUACGAGAUUAGUACUAACAGGAUGCAGUAAAUUCUCAUUAUGCUAUUUGGAGAGAAAAGGGCAGAAAAUGUCAGACAGCUCUUGAGUAGUCAAGAGAGAAUACCAAAUAUUUACACACACGCACACGCCAACACACACACAAACACUGCUGGACAGGCAAGCGUAGAAUAUGUCAGGCCAUUCUGGAGGGGCUGCGGCAGGGGGAAGCGUGCUGCCAUUUUUUUGGAAAGUGUACGUGAAAGCUGCAGUGUUGAAGUUUUGGUCUUCAAUUGCAAGACAGGGAAACUCGUCUGGAUUUAGCCUGGGAAAGAAGUUAAGUAUUAGUCCACUUUAAAAAUGUAAAUGCUGUACCUACAUAAUACAAGAAAAUAACUUAUAAAAUGCUCUUUUAUUUCAGAAUGGGAAGCUAAAAUCAUGAUGCUUUUCAGCUUUAUAUUUCAAGUCUCUACGGAUGUAUUGAUGUUACCAGCUCCCGUCCUGCUGGUAUUUAUGGUAUUGUUAUUGACAUUCAGUUAUUUUUCACGUGAUUAUUAUUAGGAGCUUACCUUUUACUUUUGUUUUUUUGUUUUUUUUAGGAAUUGAAGGGACUACACUAAAUUAACUGCCUGCCCACUCCUUAAAUUCUUUCACUCUCCACAAAGACAUUUUAAAACAAUUUACAGCCACAGAGAGUCGCAACAAGGAAGUUAGUAGCGGCAGUUAAGGAUCUCUUUCACCACACUGAGGAUGGUAUUGUCAUUAAAACGGUACUUGAGCCUGCCUCCUGAAACUGAAACAUCUCACAGGUGGAUCUUCAAGUACUCUAAACUCUCGCUUUUAAUUCUUUUGUCAGGCAACUCAAUGAGCCUACAGUCACUAUGGAUCUCAGGCACACUCGGCAACUUAAGUGGGUUCAUUAAGGCUAAUCAGCUGUUCUUGAAGCCAUUGCCGCUGCAUACUUCCUUGAAAUACGCCUUGCGCAUGCCCAGCAGGCUAUUGCAUUCAAUGGCUUGAUAGAUAUACCAUAAUCCUUGUAAAAUGAUAUGUGAUGGAAAGUUUUCCGAAUUUCGUGCUCCAAACGAAAUCAAGAAAAUGUCAAAAAAUAGCCGUUUCGUAAAUCACCUCCUCCCCAAAAAAACGAAUGUGAUGGCUGACUCACUGGAGAGAAUUUACAGUAGGAAACAUCAGGGAAACUAAUAUCUGGCUGUCAAACAGAUUUAACAUUCAAAAACAAAACAUCAAUUGUCCUCUGAAAACGACUUCCUUCCUGGAUUCCUAUUUUAUUCAGAACAUGGACCAACCGAAUGAUCGCUGACCACUGGACUUUGGACACAAUUGGCCUUUGGAGUGCUAAGGCUUUUACCAGAACUCCAAUUGAAGUUGGUCUACAGAAAGUUCCCCAGUGUGUGUCUUAAGGGCUAUCCUACCAUGUAAGGUACGGUAGACAUACUAUAUUUGCAGUCUCUUUCAUUUUUCAGGCUGAACAGAAAUACCAGACAGCAAAAACUUCAAUGCAGACACAUGCACUGCUGAAGAACGUCAACACAAACACUGAUCAGCUACACAGCCUUCGGGAAAUGGGAAGAAAGCAGUUCUAAACAGCAGUCAUGGUAGCAAAGUUUUACAGUGACCACACAGACUGCGAAAGCACACUGAAUCAAAUAUAUACAGACGGCGAGCAGGAGAGAGCCGUAGAGGGGGGCGUGCAUAUAUUUUGCUCACAUUGCUGAAUGGAUUUAUUUCCUUGGCUUGACUUCUAUGAUUCAGCAGACAGAAAUGUGGCAUUUCAACAGCUACACACAUACACCUUUUCAUAUUAACCUGCUGGUAAAGACAUUGGACCGUUAGAAGUGCUCUUAAUGUUUUCUAUGAACUGCUUCCAGAGGGUAAAAUAAUCAUGCCAUCACAUGUUCACAUUAAAGUGCACUUAAAGAAGUAGAGCAAAACCAGAUUUGCCUUAGUGAGCUCAAAGAGGUCUAUGAUGGAGUGUUAUCCUUUAGCAUUCCCAUUUAUCUCAAAGGCAAUUGCUCGGCUGGCCCAAGACCCUUUGGAAAAUGGACCAUCUUUGCUCGUGGAUGCUCAGUUCUUCAGGCAUGAGAAUUUUUGGGUAGAGAUGAAAAAGAUGAUCAUUUCAGACUGGACUCGCUCCUGUUUAUGUGUGGCGAGAGUCAUCAUUUGAAGACAUUAUGAUAAGUUUAUAAGUUUAUACCAGUCCAGUCAAUCUCAUCAGUCUUGUUCCAGUGUAAAGAAGAAUAUAGCCCUACACUGUGGUGGUAACGGUUUCUUAACUGUUGGGGAAACGCUUCAUCAAUGCUGCAGCAAUUAAAGUUCUUCCAUAUGGAAAGGCUGUUUAGCUAAUUAAAUAAGCUGAGUGAGUGAGUGGUUGAGUGCAUCAAGGUUUAUAUGACCUCUUGGCUUCUGAGCUGGAGAAGUUUUUCUGCAAUGCAGCCAACGACAACCAGUCGGGUUUUGACUUAAAUGACAACACAAACCCAAGCAAGAACAACACUCGCUGGGUCAGCGACUGCUAGGAAAACAACUGACUCCAUGCAACCAAUUUUUCAGUUCCUCAAGGGAUGAUGGGAUAUAGGAGAAGGGUCUGAAAGCCAGAGUCGCAGCACAACCGAGCAGGAAAUAGAACCUGUGGCUCUCAUUAGGAUACUUUCCCGGGCUCUCAAACGCACUGCCGUGUCCAUGUCUCCUCAUUACUAUCUUCUCACUCACUCGUUCAAGCUCCUCAUCCAUUUGCUGACAUUUUAUUACAGGUCAUUCUCACUGCACCCAGUCAGGAAAGCAUGUUGUUUAGGAAUAAUUUUUCUUAAUUGUGUAUAAUAUAGAGUAAAUAUUCAGCUUCAGCUAAUGGCAUGAACAGCCUUUACGCACUCGAGUGCAUCUGCAAAGUUCUAAUUCAAAUAACGGAAUGCAAGUUUCAAGAAUGUUUUAAAGCUGCAAAUAGGUAUGUUUCACAGCGGUCUUGGUAGUGGGCUUUUUCUCUCUCUCUGUCUCAAGCUACGUCUAUAUUAAUCGGCAUACAUUUUCUUUUCAAAAUGCUCUUGUUUUCCAAAAGCUGCUUGUCCAAACAUCUGAAAAGCCUUAAAUCAUCUUACUGCGCAUGCGUAAACCGUAAUUAAAGGUCACUUUGCAGGAAUGUAAUCUAAAGAUUGUACAAUGAAAGUGAAUAACACAUAGCUGGCACAUGCUAUAGACAUCUAUGGGUACAAUAGAGUGGUGGAACUAUGGCACAUUUUUGUAGGCCAAAACCCGGAAGCAGGUUAGCAUUUUAGCACUUCCAGUUCUAUUGUUCCAAAGUCAAUGGGUUUUUUGAAUGUGUUUAUGGUUAAUAGGCUGAAAUAAGGUCCAUGGUGAACACAAGCUCGAGAUACUUUAACGUUUUAUUCUACGACAUACAAUACAUCAGUAUUAUUAACAUACCUGUGAUUUAUUUAAGCUGUUACCUGUCUUGAAAGUGACAGUUCUUAACAAGUGGGUAAAUUGGACUACAGAGGCUGUCACGACGAACAGGGAACCAGCGUGAUGCUAAUAUCUGAUUGGCCUACAAAGUGACGUCAUAGUUCCACCACUCCAUAUGCGUCACAUGACUUAACUUGCUCUGAAUUGUAGGAUCACCGAGGGUGAAACCACGCUUAUGCACAAUAUAAUGGCUUUUUCUUCAGCUUGAGUCAUCUUAUGUAAUAUGGGUCAACUACAGGCAAGUUUGCAUGUUGAAUCAAGAUUUGCGGUCAGACCUGUCUCCUGUCAUUUAUCGAUCUGCAGUGGUUGGCAACUUAGUUUCACCCCUGGAUUGUGGAUGAAGUUUGAACCUCCUUCAUCAGGUAUCCAGCAGCACUAUUCUCAUCAGGAGGGUGUUAAUCUUUAACGGCGCUGUCUGUGAGGAGACAACCACCAUAGAGACGUCUGUCGGGUCCUAUCAGGAUUCUCCAUCUUCUCUUUUAUUGUGUGCACAAGUAAAUCAGACCUUUCCUGAGGAACUAAACCAUUCUCAGUAGGACAAGGUGGUGAAAUGCUGUUGUGGCCCAGCAACAAAACUGCCAUGUCACUCUACUAAUCCGAAGGUAGGGAUACACCUGCUCUGUCCCAGCAUUCCUUGAACUCCACUCAGUUUCAACCAUAUCAUCAUAUCCUGGUCACAUUGAAUGAAGACAUUCUGAAGCGACGCCGGCUGAAUUACACUUCACGACAGACACUGAGGCUAUCUACUGUCAUGGCAGAGCAUCAGUUUGAAGAGGAUCUGACUGAGCACUUGACCUUACAAAGAAACCUCUGAGGAGAAAUGUCCUCGUAGUCACGUAAGGAGUUCUGCUGAACGUUAAGUUACAGCAAUGUGCCGCUGCUGAGGUGAUUGAGGUGGGUUUCAGAAGAGCGUGAGGUGUGAGAGAGCUGAAGAGAGUGAGAACAAUCGAGCCUGCCGAACACAGAUCGGGAGUUUUGCGCUGUGACAGCAGUUGCUGACUUUCAGUCCAACUUUAGAUGCGAACUGCUCAGCGUAUACAACAGAAUUAUGUAGAACUACUUGUCCUCAGCAGUUUGGAUCCAUUUAGCAGUGACGGGCAGAUUCUCAGCUAACAAUUUUGGUUCCCAGAACAUUAUGCAUUUUAGUCAUGUUAGUUUUAGCAUGGUCUGUAUAAGUUCUCAUUGGAUUGUCAUUCAGAGAAUGUUAGUUUAUGGUUACAAACUUUAGAACCUUAAGAGCACAUUUCUUAGAACAUUAGGAAUUGGUUCCCAAAAAAACCCCAAAUGGGAACCAUGCUCUAACGUUAGAAGAACGUUCUAUGUUUGGUGGGAUUAACCAGUAUAGAGCACGUUCUUCUUAAGUUCUUAUUCAGUUGUCAUGAAAAACCUCCCUGAAAAACAUUCCAGGACAGUUAAUUUAUAAAAAUAAAACCUAAAAAUAACCAUUAGAGAACGUUCUGUAUAGGUUCCUAUUAGGUUGUCUUAAAAUUUAAUCGGUUUCCAUUGUAUUUUAUGUGCGUGUUUUCUUAUCGGAUAAAAAAUGUAUCCGACUCAAACGAACGCAUACGUUUUUUUAUGUGCAUUUUUAGAAUUUAUGUGAAUCUUGGCAUUUCCAUCCAGCAGUCUUUUACGCGAUAUCCCAAAAUGCGCAUAAAAAUAACAUAGUUAACUAACGCAGACCUUAUUGUCAGGUGUUACAAUUACAUUGCAUUAUUUGCAUUAUUUUUGACCGUAUCAGACCAGAUCUGCGCCUCUAAAAUCAAAUCAAACUCUUCCAAAGUACAUGCUUCAGGACAAACUGCAAUGUGAACCAGACUUUAUGCAGAUCAAAAUUCUGGCUACUAGAAUGACCCCUAACCCACAAGCAAACAAACACUUGGUAUCAACACCACAAAAUACCGAAUCCCUCAUGAACUCCUGAGGCGAAACGCACACAAUCUGCCCACAAGUACACCACAGAUAAUCUUCAUUGCAGUCAGGACUAUGUCAGACCCUAAUACUGUAAUCGUCUGGUGUUUUUCAUGUUUUGUGGUGCCCUUCCCAGUCAGCGGUUGGAGCACAAAGAGGGAACGGGAGCAGGUCAUGAUACACACGCCACGGGCCAGCGGCAGCACAGUAAAGCCCAAACCACCAGCAGCGUCCGCAGCUAAACAUAGCUCAACCUCAGCUCAGACAACCUCUCUCUCUCUCUCUCCGCGGACUCAGAUUAGCUGUGACGCUAAGCACACAGCAGUGGGCUGAAAAAUUGACCGCCGCGCUGAGUUUGGAGCGCGUUCAUACACUCGCCAAAUUCCUCCACAUGAAGGCCUGACUUAAUUAUCACGGUUUAACACCACAACAGAGCUGUGUCUCCUCGGCUGUUUUCAUAUUUGGCUUUUAAAUGAUAAUAUUAAUGUGCCUGAGAGAAGUUUAUGUAGCAUUUAAGCUUAUGAAAUAACAGUCAUUUGCAGUGUUGGGUAUCACCGUGUGCAGCAGUGACGCGACGGGGCAAGUUUUCUGGGAAAGUAUGUGUGCAUGUGUGUGAUUUUUGUCCCCCCCCAAACUGGUGUGAAUCACACAAAAAAUACUGUGAAAAACGAAUAACAUGUGAUUUUCUGUUUUAAAAAAGAACAGGCAAGUUACUUUGGCAUACGGUUAGAUAUAAAACUCCACAACCCACACUUUGCGAGUGUGUGUGUGUGUUUUGAGGCAUCGUCUAAUUUCAUAUGCAGCAUGUCUUGUGUGUGUGUGUGUGUGUGUGUGUGUGUUUGUGUGAGGCGGUAGUGUUGACUACUCAGUGAUGUCAGAAGCAGCCCUGAACCUCAUAUAUAUAUAUUUUGAACGUUCGACUGCUUCACAAGUAGCAGAGGAGCUCAGCAAGUCAAGACAACUUCAGACUCGAGUCUCAGCAUCUCUCUCACCUGCCAUCAGGACAAACCGAGACUGAUUUCAGGACAGUAAAUCCAAAGACUUUUGACCAGCAGAAGAAAUAUCCGUAUGGAUUGUUAAGGCAACUUUGUGGACUGCCGUCUGAAUCACUACACCUGGAAACUUUGAGGAGACUCGCAGAGCUCUGUCUUACAGGACAGAAGAGACGGAGACGCACACAUUACUGUCCGCUGAGGAUGAGGAUGUUGUGUUCUAGAAGGGUUCUGCAGCAGUGGUUCUUUGCUCUGUUCUUACUGUGUUCUCCUGUUCCGCACCACGGCAGGCCCGUCGAUGCCCUCAGCAGCCGAAUGAAGCGUUCAGUGACACACGCUCAGCUGAUGCAUGAUAAGGGCCGGACGCUGCAGGAAUUUAAGAGACGCAUGUGGCUGCAGGAACUGCUGCAUAAUGUUCACACGGCUGAGAUCCGCGAGGCUCAGCAGCCGAGAGGCGGCAUUGGUAUCGGCAGCAGCGGAGGAGGGGGAGGGGGCUUCACUGUCGCCAUGCCGAUGGGCAUGGGCGUCUCCAUAGGAACGGGCACAGCCCAUCCGAAACCCGCCGGGGGCACCAAGAAUCUGCCAGUCAGUUUCCGUCUGGAGGACGAGGAGGGUACCAACCUCCCGCAGGAAACCAACAAGUCGCAAACAUACAAAGAGAGCACGAUGAAGGCCAUCGGCAAGCGGAAGAAGAAAGGACGUGCAGGGAAGAGGAGGGAGGGAGAAAAGAGGAAGAGGAGGGCCCGUUCACUGGGCCGAUCACCGCUGGAAGAGUUCGGCAGCGGCUUCCACCUGGAGUGGCGGCCGUAUGUGGGCCAGCAGGUGGCGCUGCACUAAAACACUGUCAGUCUUUGACAACGAUCCGUGAGGACUUUUGAAAUGGACACCUAAAUGCUCAUGUUACCGUCCACUGUAAAAGUGAGAGGAAAAUAUUUAUUGUCUGUAAAUAUUCUCAAUGCACCCGAACAGUGACAAUGACAAAUAACGAUACUGCUAAAGCAUUAUUACAGCUCCACGGAGCUACAGAUUUGGAUCCUUGUGAAUACUUUGCUUUGUUUCUUUUUCGUUUUCCUUUUUAUUCUUUUUUUUUUUUAGGACUAUGCCUCUAUUACGGUGUCAGAAUUCCUGUAAUUUAUUUUGUUUGAAUGGUGUAUUUAUUUUGUAAAGGUAUCAAGGUGCUGCUGACCUUCUAUAUUUUUGUACUAUAAUGCACUUUAGAUAUAUAAAUAUAGAAAUAUAUACAAGUCAUUUUGUUAAUGGACGUAUUUUGUGGUUCAGUUGAAUGAAGAAGACUAUAGUCAAGGCCUUGUGUUUGCCCACCUUUCUGUUUCAUUGUAUGUUCGACAGCGUUGGCAUCCAUGUUUCUGUGUGUCUGUUCCGAAACCUAGUGAGCUUCCUACCUAGACAGCAUCAUAGAUUCAUUCCCAAUUCAUCCCAAAGAUUUUUCUUUGCAUACAGACAACAACGUUGUCAAAAUGAUCCCUGUUCACAUGGAUCCGCGAAAACGAUUAAAAAUGCUGUAUUCUGCUGUCAGGCCAGUAGAUGGCGAUGUUGAUUUGUAAAGAAAAUACGCUGCAAUAGACUGAACAUGUAAUACGCAUUACGUCACCAUUUUCACAAAUUUGCGUUUUUGUUGUUUACACCGAGACGAUAACGGUAUCGCUUUCAAAAGCUUAUCGCCGAAACGCCUUUGUUCUGUAAAUAAACGUUUUCCGUUUUUAGCUGAAAACGGUGUUGUGUAAACGUGAUGUGAUCCAUAUAUACAUACAUGAAACAGAUCAGAUUCCUGCACUCAAAUAAUCAUGACAGUUUGCAUCUGUUUGAUUUUAUUUAAAUAAUUUAUUAAAAUUGCUUAGAAUCAGCAUAAAUGUGUUCAUUGUGUAAAACAGUUACAUUUAUUCAGUUAAAUAGUAUGAACACAAGAAUCCGCGAAAACGACUAAAAGCGCUGUAUUCUGCUGCCAGGCCAGUAGUUGGCGAUGUCAACUACUUUGUAAAUAAAAUUGUUAUGAACAUGAUUAAAAUAUGGCUAGCUGUGGAACAAGAAAUAUUAGAUUAGUUCAAAUGGAUUUAUUGAUAUAUAAACCUGAUUAUUGUGUACUUAAAACACAUUCAGUUUAUUAGUACACCUGUUUUAUUGAUGUAUGACUGACAAAUAUCAAUCACAUUAAGUUUAUGUCGAAACAUAAUGAAAGGAAAUUUUAUAUGCAAUUCAAAUACAUAAUCUUACAUUUAGGUCUGAUUUUUUUUUUUUUUUUAGUGAAGAUGACCAAGAUGAGAGAAAUGUAAUUCAUUUAUUUUAUGUUGUUUAGCUUGUCAAACUCAAUAGUCUCCUUUGCACGUUGCUGUUUUAUUAGAGCAUUCCACAUCCGCUAUUUAAGUUCAGAUGCAGCUCACUAGGGUUUGGAGACGGGCUUUUGUAUAUGUGUUUAUUUUGGGUUUCUUUCCUGCUGACCUGGACGAGCCCCACAUCAUGAUCAUCCACCCUCACAUCAGCCUGUGCUUGAGUAGCGAGAGCGCCUCCUACAGCUGAGAUCACAACCACACCACGAUCUUCUGUACACGACCAGCACGCGUUAUAGAAUAACUCUUGUUGUUUUGCACUGAGAGAAAAAAAAAAAAAACCUGUACUGAAUGAAUUAAACAUCUGACUUUUCCUGCA